CCUAUCGUCGCUGCCGCAAAAUGGUCUACCUUCCAUUAAACGCCAACAUCUACACGCUAUGCUUGAUAGUUGGUUUCAUUUGUGCUUCAGGCAUAGAGAGUGUUCAUUCAUCGCAAAAACACAAAUUGUGUGGCCCUAAAUUAACCAAAGUGCUUACAGAUGUGUGUUCGGAAUUCCCCACCCUACCCCCGCCUAACAAACGGAUGAACGGUGUCGACAUGAAUGACUACAAUUCGCUCCUAUCAUCUCAAGAUUGGCAAUAUGCAGUGGAACAACCGGAAGACAGUCAUAUGUUUGCAAUGGAAAAAUUCAACGAAUUCAUUCCUGACCGAUUUAUGCUUGACAAACGCAAUGGCAUUGUCGAAGAAUGUUGCAAAAGAGGGUGUACUUAUGAGUAUUUAAUAAAGAACUAUUGCGCCAACUGGUGAUAUGAACAACUUUUACUAUACCUAAGAGGCACUAUACAAGUGCCAAGUGAACAACGGCUGUCGUAUCACCGAUUAUCUUAAUGUCAAUUGAUGUAGCAAAUCAUUCAGAAAAAUGCAAAUAAAAAUCAUAAACGCAUUUGUUCCAGUCUAACAAUUAUUUAUUUCCCAACACUUCGAGAAAUGGCUUCAUUUUCCUCUAAAUUCUUAAAAUUUAAAUACAUUCUCUCGACCGAUCACAUUAGCCUCCGGUCGCGCUCACCACCGCCAUGUCGGCUCACAUCCCCGACUGGCUCUUCUGCAGUGUCUGAGCAAACCGCGUCGUAAUGAACAGCGACGUGUCGAUAAACCGAUUAACACAGUUAUUCAAGCAGAUCUCGGUGCGGCUGUCCAGCUUGUUGCUCGGUUUGUCCAUGCAUUUAUCCCAGCAAAUGUCGUUGAAUUCGUGAAUCUAC